AAAGGCUGAAUGAAGUGACUGAUACUGGCAGAAGGGCAGCUGACCCUCAUACUUUGCUGAGUCAGAGAAGAACUGAUGAAUCUAGUGACAGUGCAGAGGAUUCACAGAUGAUGGAACUUUUUGAAAAGCAUGGGAGAUUUUUGGAUGAUGAAUCUGACUGGUAUAUGAAAGAAGCUAGUAAGAGCUGGAACCUGACCCAAAACAGUCUACCAUGGAGACCUGAGCUUAAAGGUCAAGCAAAUCUCCAUGUUUUUGAGGACUGGUGUGGAGGAUCAGUAAAUCAGCUUCGCAAGAAUAUUCAUUUCCCUCUCUACCCUCAUGCUCGGACUUCAGUAAAAAAACUUGCUGUUUCACCAAAGUGGAAAAAUUAUGGUCUAAGAAUCUUUGGCUAUAUCCACCCAUAUAAGGAUGGGGACUUUCAGUUUUCAAUUGCCUCUGAUGACAACUCUGAAUUUUGGCUCAGCUCUGAUGAAAGUCCAGCGAAUGCCAGACUUUUGGUGUUUGUAGGAAAGCAUGGAUCCGAAUGGACAGCUCCAGGUGAAUUCACGAAAUUUAGAUCACAAGUUUCCAAGUCUGUUCACCUCAUUUCAUCAAGACGUUACUACUUUGAAGUGCUUCAUAAGCAAGAUGAGAAAGGGUCAGAUCACGUAGAAGUUGGGUGGCGUCUGUUUCUUCCUAGAGUGAAGUUUGAGGUUAUUGAUUCACCGUAUAUCUCCCUUUACACAGAUGAGUCCUCACGACUGAUGAACAGUGUUUCUCAUAUCCCAUUGUCACUUGCAAGUCAUCCCAGAAGUCAGAAAGCACUCUUUCACCGAGUAAAGCAUGGUGCUGAUAUGCUUAAACCUGACCCAAGGGAUACCUUCUUUCUCACUCCAAUGAUUGACCCUGCUCAUGUCUUGGAUGUCCUCCCACCUUGUGUAUACUCUCCAACCUAUGUGGUGAAGGACUUCCCCAUUGCUCGUUACCAAGGCCUGCAGUUUGUCUACCUCACAUUUGUGUACCCCAAUGACUUUACACGCCUGACUCACAUGGAAAGUGAAAACAAGUGCUUUUACAGAGAGUCUCCACUGUAUUUAAAAAAAUUUGGCUUCUAUAAAUAUAUGAAAAUGGAUGAGGAGGAAGAAGAGGAAGAUAAUGGAAAUUUCUUGUUUGAGAGCCCAGAGGAUUUUCUUGAAGAUGAUAUGGGUGAUGAUGCCAAGCCAAAGUCAAAAGAAGACCAAGUUAUUGAAGGGGAAAAAGAAAACAUUAUGAGUAGCAAACCUUCUUCUAACAUUAGUGAGUGGAAAACAGUGGCAGGUAAUGGAGAGGACUAUGGAGAUGAUGCUGAUGAUUACUCAUUCCAGAGGCGGUUCAGGCAUUUCCAGGAAGAAAACAUGACAGAUGAGCGGGAUGUGGCAGACAUCUAUAAUGAGAAGUUCACCGUGAACACAGUGGACACUUUGGGUGGUAACAAAGAAACUGUAGAUUUUAAAGAGACAGUGGUUCAUGGUAAAUCUCUUAGCUGGAUCCACAGUGACAUCGACAGACAAAGCAAAAAUGUUGCCCUGGUGCCUCAAAAAAAUAAGGAUGGUCCUCUCAGUCAGCAGUCUCAUGUCUCUAUCCCAGUGUUUCCUAUUAGAACAAAGAAGACAUUAAGCAACUCUGCCCAUGCCAGGGUCACACAAAUGGAUAAAUCUUUACAAGGCUCACAGAAGCCCCAAAAGAAGGUAUAUAUAACAAGACUGCACUCUAACAAAGUUAAGCAAACACAGAAGCAUCCAAAGGAAAUUUUCCCUGGUGUGUACCUGUAUCAGCAAAAUAGGCAAUUUAAUCCGGUGCACUUAAGUUUAAAGCUAAGCGCAAGUCGCUCCCUUAAUCCCAUUGCUCGUAAAAACUUGGCCUCAUGGAUUACUAAUAAGAUUCCCUGGAACAAUAUUAUGAAUGAUGCAGUUCACAGAAAGGAACAGGUUAGUAAUAUUAAGAGUGUGGUGGACAAGAAACUAAGACAACAUGAUUAUUUGCAGAGAAUUGAGGAAAAAAGUACAACAGAAAAUAAACUGCCUGGUAAACUGCAGCAGCCAACUAGAGAGGUGUUUACUCAAGAAGGCCUUGAGCUUACUGUAAUGCCCUUGCAGACAGAAACAUAUGAGAAUAUUUCAUCACAGCCCUCCUCAGCUGAUAAGAUCAAUAUGACAUCUUACUUAAAGACCUCUGAAGUGACCGAGUCACAGAAAGCAGAAGCAGUAUUCAAUGCUGGAGAUCUUUCCGAUUAUAGCUAUGAAGACCCAGAGCUUCAGCUGGAUUGGCUGGAUGAUUCAGUCAACUGGCAGAGGACAUUUAGUGUUGACUCAAUCGACUUUGAACAACUACGUUCAGAUUGGAAUGAUCUGAGGUGCAAUGUGUCAGGAAAUUUACAGCUUAGUGAAACGGAAGUGGUCGACAUUGUGGCACAGUAUAUCGAAAAGCUUAAUGAGAAAAAUGAAGGAAUGUACACUCUGUUACAAAUCAUUAAUGUGGAGAAGCGUAGAGAUUCUACUCGAGGAAACCGUUACCUAUUAGAACUAGAGCUUCUGGAGCAUGGGAAGCAGAAGGUCCGCCUUUCUGAGUAUGUUUAUCUACUACUUCAUAGCAGCAAGCAAGAAAGCAGCCCUGGAACAAAUGACUUUGUAACAGAAUCCCCAGAAAAUAUAACCAGUUCAUGGGGUCUGCCUACCAGUAACCCCAUUCUGUGUACUCCAGUCCAGUUAAUGUGGAGGCAUGACGUCAUGGUACAUUUUGUAGUCCCAGUGAAGAAUCAGGCUCGGUGGGUUCAGCAGUUCAUCGAUGACCUGGAAUCCCUCUACCAGCAGACCAAGGACAAGAACUUCAAUGUGAUCAUCAUUGACUUUGACAGUGAUGACAUGGAUGUGGAGAGAGCCCUGCACAACGCCAACCUUCCACAGUACCAGUAUUUGAGUCGAAGUGGAAAUUUUGAAAGAUCUGCAGGGCUACAGGCAGGAGCAGACUCUAUAGAGGACAGCCAUACUAUUCUUUUUCUUUGUGACCUGCAUAUCCAUUUCCCCUUGAAUAUUUUGGAUGACAUCAGGAAGCAUUGUGUGGAAGGGAAACUGGCCUAUGCUCCUAUUGUUAUGAGACUUAACUGUGGAAGUUCGCCACAGGAGCCUGACGGUUACUGGGAAGUUAAUGGAUUUGGCCUGUUUGGGAUCUACAAAUCAGAUUUUGACAAAGUUGGUGGAAUGAACACAGAAGAAUUUCGAGAACGGUGGGGUGGGGAGGACUGGGAAUUGUUAGACAGAGUUCUUCAGAAUGGCCUUGAGGUAGAACGAUUACGUCUCAGGAAUUUUUAUCACUACUACCAUUCCAAACGGGGAAUGUGGGAUGCACAGGUGAAAAGAACACCUAGGCGAUAACCAAGGAUAGCGUUUGAGUUCUGCUGUUGAAAAACCUCCGGAUAACUAUUUUCACCAAUGUGUUCCACACAUAUUGGUAGCCUGCUGCCAAAACUGCAAAGGAUCCUUCAGGUUCUUUGUUUUGUUUUAGUCAAGAACUGGCAAUGUAGUUUGCUGCUCUGAAGACAGGCGAAGUGUUGUUGAACAUCCACAAAGCUAUAGCUGCUUUUAGUUACUAAACUACAGUAACAGGUGACUUGAAUAUGUUUACACCAUGGUGCAAAAGAAAACUGUUUACUUUGUGAUUUUACUAUGGAGUACAACCUUUGUUGACUGAACUCGAAAGCUGACCUGCUGAAUUUAUUACCUCCCUACAUUUUAGCUGCAGGCCAUUGCAAAAAUGGGAGCAGAAUAAUUUGAGUGUCUGACUGCAGUAUUAGGCCUAACAGCAGCAAAAGGUCCUGCUGCUAAGAGUAAAUUCAUUCUUUAAGUCAGAAGGAAGGCUUCAGGCACUGGUAACUGAUUUUUAUAUCACAUUGUACAAACAAUAAAGAACUAAGAUGUGUUUUGUACUGAAAUAUGAACUCUUCAUAGUUCCGGUAAGAUUAUCUUUAACAUUCAGCUCAGGAGUAGAGGUAUUUUCAGCUACAUUUCAUGUCAUUAUGUAUCCUCUGUUGGUGGCAAACGCUUUUUCUUGACUAUGUUGCAGAAUAUAAACACCUUUGAAAAAGCAGACAGACAUUCUGUAAAAGAAUAAAGCUGAAGUACCUGUCUGCAUUCAGUAAUCCAUUUAUCUAUUUUAAGUAGCUGAAACAGUCAUUUAAGGAUGAAUGUUCUGUCUUCACACUUGAGAUAUGGCUGCAAUACAUAACUGAUGUCCAGUAUUUCUGGCCAAAGUUGUCAGCUGAUUUCCUCAUGGAAAGAUUUGCUACAGGUCAGGGAGUUACUGCCUGUGCUUUGUUGGCUAGAAGAUUUGUCAUAUAACGCCAGUGGGGAUAUUGUAAAUGUAAUAAAUGCAUGAAGUUCAGGCUGUUUCAAAUGAGCUGUGCAAGGGUUAAGAGAAAGGAUUAGUUCAGUAAGAGUAAUCUGUAUGCAGUCAUCUACAUGAUGGAGUUAAGUGACAUCUUUGCUUUUGUAGGCCUAAGAAUGAUAUUUUUAGGUUAUUUGAAGAGCUUUAGUAUUUCCUUAUUGUUUGCGAUCGUAGAGGACCAAAGGUAGACAGUACUUUUGGUGUGCUUCUUUGUUUGCCGUAAUUACAGUCACUUUUUAUCGGUGUACUGCUUCGGUACCUCUGUAAGCUUUUAUAGCACAAACACAUUUCAGUUUAUAAGAUGAUGAGCAGUUAGCUUAAAACAAGGCCCUUUAGAAAUGAAUGUUACGCAGAUGUACAAAGCUUACUUUUACAUAUUCUCUAAGUCUAAGGAAGUUUCACAAUUGUCUGCUUCUGUGACAGAAACGGAUUCAGUGGUAUAAUGAGAUGGGAGUAUUUUUAUGUAUUAACCAUUGUCCAUACGAUGUCAGCGAGUGUUUUUUUUUUUUUAUUCACAGGAAUGUAGGAUUAGUAACGCAGAGUAUCCAACCUAAGAGGAGAGGUAGCACUGGUAUUGUGCAAAGCAAAACAGGAUCUUCUCUUUCUGUAUCCUGCUAAGAAGAGACAGUUCUACUGAAAAAAAAGCAUGAUUAUUAGGAACAGCUUUAUCCUUAAGCCUUGUGGAUUGUAUAAAGCCAGAUUCUUUUUUUUUUUCUGGAUAUAAGUAGACCUAAUGAGGAGAAUCUGAUAGCAGCCAUCUAUAACUCAACAACUUUUGUUUGUUUGUUUGUAUAGCUCAAUGGGGUCUUGCCAUUUUUUUGAGGAAAAUUCAGUAUUCGUUUUGAUCUGGUAAUGUCUGUUCUUGAGUUGUUACCCCUGGAAUGUAAUGUCAGCUGCUGGAGUGUCAAGUCUUCUCUAGGCAAUUGCAUCAAGUGGAUCAGAGGGCAUGUGCUCCUACCAUGCCUAGCUGAAAGGUUAGCUACUACUACUUUAUCAGUGCAUUCAGUUUUCAGUAGUCAUAUGGCAAAAGAAAGAAGCAUACAACACCAGACCUCAUCUCAUUACCGGAAAAAAGGUUGUUAGCAUUUGACUGCUUUGGCCUUUGAGUGCAUCUGACUAUGACCACAUACUUUGCUAAGGGCAGGACUAAAUUACAGAGAAUGACUGUAGUGAAACAAGCAAAUAUAGAACUGUGUCAGACAGAAUUCGUGAAAUACUUCACAUUUUGCUUCUGCCUGUACACCAUCACAUAUCCUCUGCAGGGUUGUAUACCUGUAAGAUCACCAUCUUUUGUCUUCUGCUUCGGAUAACCCAUGGUACCUGCCAAGAGGUCCAGGUCUGGGGUGUGUGGUCAAGUGACAUACAAGCUGUCAGCACUGCUGAAGCUGUGCAUUCAUUAUGUGUGUAUUUAAACAUAUAGACACACAUGAAAUAUAAAAAUAUACUCUAAAAGGUCGCUAUGCCCCUCAAGAUAUCUGAUUGCAGAAGUCUGUAGUAUUAAGUUGUAAAUAACAGCUUGAGUGCAGAUAUUCUUGGAAAGUAUGAAUUCAAGAUCAUAUUAUGAGCAAAUGGAAAACAUAAUAAAAAGUUUUUAGGGGCUUUCUUGCCCUCUGCACUCUCCAUAUGGGGUCAUUAUCCACCCCCCCUUCAUUAUUCUUCUCGCAGAAGUGUCACUGUAUCUCAUAGAAAGACUGAAAACUGAAUGGCAAUGAGAUAGCUGUCUCACUUUUUCCACGAGUUUGCAAUAUCAGAUGCACAUUAAACAGUAUUCUACGAGGACUAAAGAUUCGUUACAGUGGGAAAAGAACAACCAAAAAUGAGCCCCUUUCACUUCCAGCUAUUAUGCCUGAGCUAUUGUGAUAUGAUCUCCAGGAAAAUGAGCAAGACACUCCUAAGUCUGUAGUGGGAGAGGGACCCUCUCUAUUCUUGUCAAAGGUAAAAAAAACUGUUUAGAAACAGUGGCAGGGAAAAUCCCAUUUACUUUUCUGUGAAUAUUUUAAGGAGUGUGCAUUGAAAAGUCUGCAAUCCAUUUUUGGUAGUACCCUCAGCUUACUGGUUUGGCAUCUGCUUUAGCUGUUCAAAAAUAUCAGUUUGUGCAGUAUAAUAUCUGUUUUUAAAGAGCAUGUUCAUAAUAUUUACUAAUUUUGUUUCACUGAUAAUGAUGCCUUGCAGUCUUACAUCUUGCUAAAAUCUUUUUGUGUGCUGCAGUUUGAAAGCCUUCUUAGUUUCAGGGGGUAAAAUGGAACAUAUUUUGAUAUUUUGUUAAAGUUUCUUAAACUAUGAUGUAGUGAAAAGUUAGUACCAAAUUCUGACUUGUCAACAGCAGUUAUGUUUCCCUAAUGAAGAAAUUUGACUUUUAGAAGAAGCUGUGCAGGUCUUGACUUUUAUAUCAAAUGUAGCAAUUCUACUUUUAUCAGAACUUCUGUUUUCUUUAAAUAGUACAAAAUCUGUUUUUUUCCCAAAAGUGUGUAAUUACUGUGUAAUUGUACAGCAGUAUAUUUUAAAAUAUAGCUAUUUUGCAAAUAUGGUGCAUAGUGAAAUAAUGCCACACAGGCUUCCCUAUCCUUAACCAAGUUUCUUGUGGAAGGAACUAUACCUCAUCAAGUUCAGUUCAAUACUUGUAUGUUGGCCACAGCUUCUCACUGAAAAUCACUCUCAGCAUAUUUUUUGCUAGUGUACUGACAAGGGUACAACAUUUUAAGAUUUUUCCAUUUUUUUCCACAGUUGUGCAACGGUGGAGUUGGCAUAUUUGAAUAAGACAAGCUUGUCUCAUCUGGCUACUGUAGGCUCAACUUGAUAUUACUCAGCAAAUCAUAGCAGAGCCAUCAAAAAGAGGUGUGCUAUGCCUGGCUAUUGUUUUUUUUUUCUAUUCUCUUAUAUUUUGUACUCUCAAUUUCUGUUUUGGUAAUGCCAUGUUGUGCCAAAUGUCUGCAGAACUGUUUUAUUCAAAACAAAUGUAAAAAAUAGUAAAAUAUGCAUUCACACGCAAUAUGAAUGCUGUUAACAGAGUGGGGUUAAAAUACUCAGCAGACUGAACUCAAAAUACAGAAGAGAGAAAAUUCAGACAGAUGGAGAUAUCUUAUGACAGAAAAUGGCUAUACAGAAAAAUAAUUACUCUGUUUAUAUUACACAGUCUUGCAUCUGCUGACUUUGUCUUAUUUUCUAUUUAUGAGGGUCGUUACCAUCAUGGUAUCAUCAAUAGAUCAAACUUUUUAAUGGGACUUUAAACUAAUUUGCAUUUUGUUCUCCAACAAAAUACUUUUAAACAUCCAGUAGCAAUUAUAGGGAAACUAACAUGUUAUUACUUGAAAUCUGUGAAGUAAUGCUGUCUAGUGCCUAGUUAAUUUGUUUUCCUCUUUUAACAGAAUGGGUAUUUUUUUUAUAAACCCAUAUAUUUAUAUGCCAAAGACAUGCAUCUGGAGCAUUUCUCACUGGGCCUCUGCUGAAAAUAGACUCUGUCAUAAUCGGACUUUCCCGGUCAACUAAUGUUAAAUAAGUAAAUAUAUGAUGGUUUUAAAUAUUUAGAAUAGUGAAAGAAAACCAGUAGUAUGCAUAUCUCACACAUGAUUUUUUUUCCUGUUUAAGAAGUAAAAGGAGAUGUGGAAAUGAGAUUAUUCAGUACACCAUGUAACAUUUAUAAUUUAUUGGCUUGAUUUAUAAUACCAUAAUAAAUAAUGUUUGCAAGGUUACAUAUCAGUAAACAACUUCAAAUA